GCGCGCGCGAGUCCGAGGGCGUGCAUGUGUAAAACAAGAGGAUUGGAACACGAGCAGCGGUGUUCGCCGUACGUUUGCAGCGGUCGGUCGGUCCUUAGUCGCUUCAGGUAACGCUCAUAUGUGUGGAAGAUGGCGACGGAUAAACAUAAACAUGAAGGCGGCAGAGUGAAAAUCGGACAUUACAUUCUCGGAGACACGCUGGGAGUCGGGACGUUUGGGAAAGUGAAAGUGGGCCAGCAUGAACUGACUAAGCACCAGGUAGCUGUGAAGAUCCUGAACAGGCAGAAGAUCCGCAGUCUGGAUGUAGUGGGCAAGAUUCGCCGUGAGAUCCAGAACCUCAAGCUCUUUAGACACCCACACAUAAUUAAACUGUACCAAGUGAUUUGCACACCAACUGACAUUUUUAUGGUUAUGGAAUAUGUGUCUGGGGGAGAGCUCUUUGACUAUAUUUGCAAAAAUGGAAAGCUCGAUGAGAAGGAGAGCCGUCGUCUGUUCCAGCAGAUUAUUUCAGCAGUGGACUACUGCCACAGACACAUGGUGGUACAUCGAGACCUCAAGCCAGAGAACGUCCUCCUGGAUGCUCAUAUGAAUGCGAAAAUCGCCGACUUUGGAUUGUCAAAUAUGAUGUCGGAUGGGGAGUUCUUGCGGACCAGUUGUGGCUCCCCGAAUUAUGCAGCUCCAGAAGUCAUCUCAGGGAGGCUGUAUGCAGGACCUGAAGUGGAUAUCUGGAGCAGUGGAGUGAUCCUGUAUGCACUGUUGUGUGGAACGCUGCCCUUUGAUGAUGACCACGUGCCAACACUCUUCAAGAAGAUCUGUGAUGGCAUCUUCUUCACCCCACAGUACUUGAACCCUUCAGUUAUCAGCCUUCUCAAACACAUGCUGCAGGUGGACCCCAUGAAGAGAGCCACCAUUAAAGAGAUUCGGGAGGAUGAGUGGUUUAAACAGGACCUACCGAAGUAUCUAUUUCCAGAGGACGCAUCUUACAGUACCAAUAUGAUUGAUGAAGAAGCACUAAAGGAGGUGUGUGAGAAGUUUGAGUGCACAGAAGAGGAGGUGCUCAACUGUCUUUACAGUCGAAUGAAUCAGGAUCCUCUUGCAGUUGCCUACCAUCUGAUCAUAGAUAAUCGGCGCAUUAUGAGUGAAGCCAAAGAUUUCUACCUGGCCACAAGUCCCCCUGACUCCUUCCUUGAUGAUCUGCCUGCUCACCACUUCGCCAAGCCUCACCCAGAGCGAGUGCCAUUCAUGGUGGCUGAAGCUCAACCACCACGACCACGUCAUACUCUGGAUGAACUGAACCCCCAAAAGUCUAAACACCUGGGAGUCCGCCGUGCUAAGUGGCAUUUAGGCAUUCGUAGCCAGAGCAGGCCUAAUGAUAUCAUGAGUGAAGUGUGCCGGGCCAUGAAGCAGCUCGACUAUGAGUGGAAGGUUGUCAAUCCCUAUUAUCUCCGUGUGCGGAGGAAGAACCCAGUUACGGGCCUGCAAACCAAGAUGAGCCUGCAGCUUUACCAAGUGGACAGCAGGACCUAUCUGCUUGACUUCAGGAGCAUUGAUGAUGAUAUUUUGGAGACAAAGUCAGGUUCUGCUACACCACAUCGCUCUGGCUCAGUUGGCAACUACCGUACUACCCUAAAGAAUGAUAAGGGUGAGCGGAACGGAUCAGAGGAGGGAAUAAAGGGCGAAGGCUCAGCCCCUUCUACACCUCCAGUGGGUGGGGCUAAGCAGGCUGAGGGCUCCCUUGCUUCUUCGCUGACUUCUUCAGUUGAGUCAGCAGGAGGAGAGACAUAUCCACGGCCUGGCAGUCACACCAUUGAAUUCUUCGAGAUGUGUGCUAACCUCAUCAAGCUGCUGGCGCGAUAACUUAACGUUGCUCUGACACCUUUUUUUUUUUUUUUUCCCUCACUCCUUCUUUGUCUUUCUGUUCCUCUCUCACUUCUUGGAUUUUCUACCUCUUUGUCUUUCUGUCUUUAGCAGACUUGAUUUUUUUCUCCCAUUUCUCUCUCUCUCUCUCUCUCUCUCUCUCUCUCUCUCUCUCUCUCUCUCUCUCUCUCCAUCUUACCUCUCUUCUUUCUUUCUUUCUUUCUUUCUUGAGUGUCUUUAGAGCAAUAAGCAUGCAAGCAGACAUCUAACGUCUCUAUGAAUUUCACACGCACAACCAAGCUGACUGGUCUGUGGUACUGCUGCGAUCUGUUUGAUGGAUGAGUAGGUGAAGGCAGAGUCGAGUCUCUUCAGAAAGGGAAUGCAUGUUUUUCAUGCCACAGCCAAGAAGUCUAAAAGAUUGUCAAGCCACUUUAUACUAUAUAUAGAAUAUUCUUUUAGAGCUGGUUUUACAAUUGUUCAGUGGUGGGCUUGUUGGCCAUUGGUUGAGGUGUUCAAAUGUUAUACACUGAGUUAGUUGUACUGUAUAUAACGACACCACAGGUAAAGAGCGAAUGAGGCAGAAUGCACUUUUGCACAGGUUUUUUUUCCUCUUGCUUCUGCUGGCCAAUGUUAUAAAAGAAGCAAGUAAUUCAAGGAAGGGGCCAUCUUAAUGAAUGAACAUGUAAUGACGGGGCUAACUUUGAUCAAGUGGGUAAUGAAGUGGCAUUCUUUAAUGAGUGGGCCAAUUUUAACUUGUUCAUUCUGAGGAAGUGCAAUGACCCUUCCUCUAACCAUUUUCAUAGAAAAUUUCUUUUUUGAUGUUAACAAUCUUGAUUUUUAAUACUAAGUUCUGUUUUUUUCUUCACAUCAUAUUAGACUUCUUUGCAUUGCUCACAUUUUACACAUAUAGAUAUAAGUAUAUACAGAAUAAAAAGGCAUUUGGAUAUAUAUUUAACAGUGCUUUAUGGGAUGGUAUUUUAUAUUGAAAUGAUAAGGGACUAAAAGAUUCCUUUUAACAGCUGGUUGUUGAUUCAAAUGUUUUUUGAUGUUUUAUUGCAUAUACUGCUUCAUCCAUUUUUAAAACUUUGCCUAGAUGUUUUACAAAACAAUGUAACAGCUUAAAAACAAAUACAUGCAAAAUUGACUGAAUUCUCCUUGUAUUAUUAUAUUUUCAAAAAAAGCUCGUCAGAGACAAAAAUAUGUAUUAAAGAGGAAACGUGUUCUUUGAGGAAUAGACUUCUGACUUGAUUGCUUUGGUAAAAGUAUUAGUACACAAUUACAAACCAGAUACCCAAGAGGCAUUUCAUCCAUUUUACAAGUAAAGGGAGGGAUAAUCCAGAAAUGAUGUGAUGUGCUUACUCCUCAGAAUUAGUCAGUUGCUGGUGGGAGGUCCAUGCUGACUCUAAUACUUGUACAAUGCUAGAACAAAGUAUCUUUACAAAAUACACUGCAUUACUGACUUAACCAUAACUGUGUAGCAUAAGCAGCUAUGGUCUGUAUUUUUUGGUAUGUACCAGUUGACAUGGAAAUAUUGGUGUUUUAAAAUUGGAGAAAGCACAGUCUGUAUGUCUGUUCUGGUUGAAGUGGCCUAUCUAUCUAUCUAUCUAUCUAUCUAUCUAUCUAUCUAUCUAUCUAUCUAUCUAUCUAUAUAAUUUUUUUUUUUUUAAAUGUACUUAGAGUUUGGGCCUAUAGAUUUUGAAAAUUGAGUAUUUUGUGAUUCUUGAUCUUGUGUCUUUUGCUUGAUAAUUACAUUUAUUUUCCAAGAUAAAAUAAUUUAGAUAAGUAAUGCAGUUCUUCAAAACCAGAACUCAUAACAGCAUCAUUAAAAUGAUAAUGGCAUUAAAACUGGUUUUUAUUAUAUCAGGUUCUUACCCAAGCAAUUAUACCUCAUUUCGGACUUUUCCCUAAUUGCAUGUUUGUCAUUCUCUAUUUGUAAAGCAGUACAGUGCAGUAUGGACCGCCAUAUUUUCCGGCACGAGGAAUAUUUGAAAAGAAAAUUUUAUUAACUCUGAAAUACUAUUCAUUACAAUGUCCAUUUAUAGUAUUCACAUGUUACUUUCCCAAAAUUAAGGCAGAAGCACAGUUUCAAAUAUUUUUCCUGGUAAUUGUACUAAUUUGUUACAAUCAGUUGUACAACUGGACAAUUAAGACUACAAUAAUCCAUCUUGGAUUCAUAUUUAUCCAUAAUUUCUGACUAUCAUAUUAUUGAACUUUAAUCAGCACAUAGCUGUUACAAUGGAUGUGUAUUUCAGCAGUGACAUGACCACGCUUUAUGGUGGUUACACACAUUGGUACACUGAAUAUGUGUUGAGGUGUCACUUUAUCACCACUAUACUGGGCUGUUUAUUGUCCCAAAGAGAAGAACAUUUUUCAUGGUCCACAAAGUUGUCCGAGCAAUUGAUGGCUUUUUAUUACAUUUUUAGGUUCAAAGUUGUUAAUUUUUUUAUAUCUAUUAAUUUUAGUUAUUUUUCAUUUUAUUUGAUCUCUUGCACUAAAAAAAUCAUGAUAAAUUUUGCAAGAACUUGCAGCCAUAUAAGAAAAAAAUCAAACAUUGUCAAUUUAUUUUAGUGAACAAUUCCUCCUUUUUUUUUUUUUUUUUUUUUUUUGCAAAGGGGAAAUCAUAGAGUCUGAUUUCUGAUGUAGCAGAUUUUUCCACAUGCUGUGUUUACUGUCUACUACAGAACUCAGGUGAAGAACAUCUGGGGGCUUUGUCUUAACUGCUUAAAGACACUUUGUUAAAUAUAAAAUUGUGGAAAGUGAGGCUGGCAAGUGUCAAAUUCCUUAAUGUGUUUAAAGAACAUUUUCCAUUCAAUUGCCUAAUAAACUUCUAAAUUGCA